AUGUUUCAGGUUCUGAGUGAUCCGCAGAAGAAAGCGGUAUAUGAUCAAUACGGUGAAGAAGGUUUGAGCGACAUGCCUCCUCCAGGGAGCACGGCGUCUAACAACGGAAGAGCCGGUGGUUUUAACCCGAGAAACGCAGAAGAUAUAUUUGCAGAGUUCUUUGGAAGUAGUCCAUUUGGGUUUGGAUCAGCCGGUGGUCCCGGAAGGUCAACGAGGUUUCAAUCAGACGGAGGAGGAAUGUUUGGUGGAUUCGGUGGUAACAACGGAAGCGAUAACAAUAUAUUCAGAACGUACAGCGACGGGACUGCUCCUAAGAAACCUCCACCGGUUGAGAGUAAAUUGCCUUGUACCCUUGAAGAAUUGUAUUCUGGAUCAACUAGGAAAAUGAAGAUCUCUAGAUCCAUUGUUGAUGCUAACGGGUAA